AUGAGGUUCUCCUUUGUUUCCGUUGGCCUUUUGGCCUUGCUCACCCCCUUGACGGCGGCCUGGAGCAAGGAGGAUCGCGAAAUCUUCCGCGUUCGUGAUGAGAUCCGGGGACAGGAAGGCACUGAAAAGACCUUUUACGACAUCCUCGAGAUCCAGCCCAACGCCAACCAGGACGAGAUCACCAAGGCGUACCGCAAGAAGACCCGCUCUCUCCAUCCCGACAAGGUCCGCCAGAACUUGAUCGCGGAGCGCAAGGCAGCGCAAAAGCAAGCCGGCAAGGCUGCAACCAAGGUCAAGGCUCCCAGCGAGUCCGAGAUCCGCACCGCCCAGCGACAUGCCUCGGAACGGCAGACCCGCCUGAGCUUGAUCGCCAACAUCCUGCGCGGCUCCGAGCGCGCCCGCUACGACCAUUUCCUCACCAACGGCGGUUUCCACUACCUCGCCCUCUACAUGAGCUGGAAGCGACGCCGCGAGUUCCUCGAGAGGUACAUCAAGUUUGCGCGACAGACUGCCUGGGGUGAGAACCUCGGCAUCAGCACUGCUGGCGCUUCCGUAGCCGCCCGACCCGCUCCCGCGCCCGCCGCCGAUUCCGAUGCCGAUGCCGAUGAAGAGUCGUAUCAGCCGAGGAACCGCCGGGAGAGACGUCUCCAAGAGCGCGAAAGCCGACGCGACCAGGGCAAGAAGGCACCCAAGAAGAAGACACCCGCCACCGCCUCGUCCCAAGCAGCGCAGUCCCAGGACGGCCCUACUGGCGCCAGGAAGCGGGUCGUUGCGGAGAAUGGCAAGGUUCUUGUUGUUGAUUCUCUUGGUGACGUCUAUCUUGAGGAAGAGGAUGAGGAGGGCAACGUUGAACUCUUCCUUCUUGAUCCCAACGAACUCCGCAAGCCCCGGAUCACCGACACCGCCGUCAUCCAAAUUCCCCUCUUUGCCAUCAAGAUGGCCACCCUGCGUGCUACCGCCGGGCGUCCCCAGCCGAUCGCUGUAGAGGAUGACGAGGAGGAGAUCGAGGACGACGACUCGGAGCCGGCGCAGCCCACCCCCAGCUCAGGCUCUGAUGUCGGUGACUUUGAGAUGCUUGAGAAGUCGACCGACUCGUUGGGCAAGGCCAAGGCGACUGGAGCGCAGGCACAGUCGGACGCUAGUGGCAAGAAGAGGCGCAACAAGAAGAGGUGA